AUGGCUAAAUUACAGGGUAUUCUUGCAAGGCUUCCUUUGGAACUCUUGGAGUUAAUUCUAGUUCAAUUGCUUGUUGAAGAUGAAUCUUUACAUUGUGAGCCAUUGCCACGUCAAUUUAUUGAAGACAUUGAAACUUUUGAAUGGUCUUCUUGGUACACUGGCUCAAAAUCCCAAAUCAUUUUCAAUUUAUCGCCUUUAAAGCCAAUUGUCAACGUUUGUCGUAAUCUUCGUCGCGCUGCUCAUUCCAUCAUUUACAAAAAAAUAGAGCUUGAGAAAACGUACCCACUGAGUUAUACUUCAUCUAGACUUGUCUACAAACAAGAUACCUUUUUCUUUCAUAAUGUAUAUUCUGAUCUCACAGAUAUUCCUCUUGAAAUUCUUAGCAAUGUCACAUAUCUCAGCGUCUCUACUGAAUCCUCUGCUUUUAAUCGUACACCUGGUUCAACAGUUUAUUCCUAUUCUCUUAAUGAAAUUGCCAGUUUUUUUAAUGCAAAUUGGACUCCUGCUUUAAAAUACUUUCGUCUUAGGAUCCACACAAAAUCCAUUAGCCCAAACAGUGCGAGUCAGUUUCAUUUAGCUACAAAAACAGCAGCUCGAAACAUGCAAUUACGCGGCUCUUCCACCCCAAAAAUCCAACUUCAUCUUUGUAUUUUUGACUCAAUUGAACCCCCAAGUUUUGAUCCAAGCUUCCUUAAAAAUAUACUUUGUGCUAAUGGUGAUGGGUAUAUCCCUAAUUUACCUUACCUUGAUUUUUUACCAGAUCUCCUAGUGUGUCCCAAAAACAAGGUACUCAGCUCUGUUUGCAACCUAAACAAUAUUACCAGUCUUCACCUUACAACUUCACUUUCUGAAAUACAAAAUUUAAGCGAGCUAUCAAUGCCAAAAUUAAAGAACCUGGCAAUUCAAAACAUUACAUUUGAAGACCAUCAACUUUUGACAAAAUUCUUGUCACAGCCAUCUCUGGAAGUCACUCUUGAACGGCUUCAUCUAAGGGCCACCUCUAUUGGUACUAAUGUCUCCAGUAGCUUCCCGGAAUUUUUUUUCCCACUCUUGGCUAAACUAACUCAUCUAAAAGCUGCUCACUUUUACUUAGCAACACACGAGUCACCUAAAUCUAAUCUUGUUAAAGCUGUUCUUAGUCAUAAUUCCAUCCAAACCUCAGUUUAA